UUUGUGAAUGUGAUUUCUUAAAAAAUGAAACAGUUAAAACUUACAGGUUUUCUUUUCUUUUUCUUUUUGACUGAAUCCUUAACCCUGCCCACAAAGCCUCAAGAUGUAGAUGAUGUCAGUAUCACCCAGAAAUUUAUAGAGGAUAAUAUUGGAUAUAUCACCAUCAUUGCAUUUGCUCAAUAUAUUCAGGAGGCAUCCUUUGAAGAAGUAGAAAUGUUGGUAAAAGCCAUGACAGAAUACAGAGAUAAAUGCUUGGCUGACAUGACACUCCCAGAGUGUUCAAAAUUAGCUAAUGAUGUUUUACUGGAAAAUAUAUGUACUAUGGAGGGACUGCCACAAAAGCAUAAUUUUUCACACUGCUGCCAUAAGGCUGACUUUGAAAGAAAACAUUGUUUCCUCCAUAAUAAGAAAGCUGAUGUAGGAUUUUUGCCUCCUCUCCCUACUCUGGAUCCUGAAGAGAAAUGCCAGACUUAUAAAAAUAACAGAGAAUCUUUUCUAAACAAUUAUAUCUACGAAGUUUCCAGAAGGAACCCCUUUGUUUUUGCCCCUACACUUCUUACUGCUGCUGCUCGUUUUGAGGAGAUGACUAAAACAUGCUGUGAAGAACAAGAAAAAGCUAACUGCUUUCGAACAAAGGCAGAAACUUUCAUACAAUAUUUAAAAGCAUUAUCUUCUUAUCAAAAAAAUGUCUGUGGGGCACUUAUGAAAUUUGGACCGCAAAUCUUAAAAUCUAUAAACAUUGCUGUACUUAGUCAAAAAUUCCCCAAGAUUGAAUUUAAGGAACUUAUCUCCCUCCUAGAAGAUGUUUCUUCCAAAUAUGAUGGAUGCUGUGAAGGGGAUGUUGUGCAGUGCAUCCAUGGCAGGAGCAAGGUUAUGAGCCAUAUUUGUUCAAAACAAGAUUCCAUCUCCAGCAAAAUCAAAGAGUGCUGUGAAAAGAAAAUACCAGAGCGCGGCGAGUGCAUAAUUUACUCAAAUAAAGAUGAUAGACCAAACAACUUACCCCUAAGAGAAGCAAAGUUUACUGAAAGCGAAAAUGUGUGUGAGGAACGAGAUGCUGACCAAGAGAACUUCAUGGCCGAGUUUCUUUAUCAAUACUCAAGGAGACAUCCAGAACUGUCCACACCAGAGUUGUUAAGAAUUGCUGGAGUGUAUGAGGAUCUCCUGAGAGAGUGCUGCAACACGAAAAACCCUCCAGACUGUUACAGACAUGCGGAAAACAAAUUCAAUGAGACAACUGAGAAAAGCCUCAAGAUAGUACAGCGAGAAUGUGAACAUUUUCAGAUUUCGGGGAAGGAUGACUUGAAAUACCACUACCUCAUCAAUCUCACAAAACUAGCCCCCCAGCUCUCCACUGAAGAACUGACCUUUCUUGGCAAGGAAAUGGUGACAGCUUUGACCACCUGCUGCACACUGAGUGAAGAGUUUGCCUGCGUUGAUAAUUUGGUGGACUUAGUUCUUGGAGAGUUAUGUGGAAUAAAUGAAAAUCGAAGUAUCAACCCUGCUGUGGACCACUGUUGUAAAACAAACUUUGCCUUCAGAAGGUCCUGCUUUGAGGGCUUGGAAGCCGAUAAGACGUAUGUGCCUCCAUCUACCUCUCAAGGUUUAUUUACCUUUCACACAGACUUGUGUCAGGCUCAUAAUGAGGAGCUCCAGAGAAAGAAAGACAGGUUUCUUGUCAACUUAGUGAAACUGAAGCCUGAACUUACAAGGGUGGAGCUGCAGUCAUUGCUGGUGGAUUUCACGAAUGUGGUGAAGAAGUGCUGCCAGGCCCAGGGGCCUGAAGCCUGCUUCAAGGAGGAGGGUCCAAAAUUGUCAGCCAAAAGUCAGGUUGCUUGAAAAACAUCAAGUAAAAUUCACCAAAGGUUUCAGAGGAAAGAGAGGAAGACCAGCAUACCUGCUUCCUAUCUGUCCUGUGGUGAAUUUCGUUUUCUGAGAACACAGUAAAAAGAUUCUUCUGUAAUCAUUAUCUGAGAUCAUGUUAUUGCAGCAAGCAAUAAACAACAACAUUAUAAAGUUAUUUCUCAAAGACUAAUUGUCAUGUGUCAACUUGUUAACCAAAUUAAACAAUCAAGAGUCAUUCAUUCCAUCAGGAUCUUUGGCUCAUUGGUUAAAUCUACUACUUUAUGGAAGACAGGACUCUGAAAUAGCAAUUGUGAGGGCAGAAUCCUCACAGAUUCUGUUCUUGAUGCUACUGGGAAGAAAAUGGGGAGUUGUGGGCAUGCAGCAUGACCUUUACUACUACAACUACUAUUACUGCUACUACUGUUAUUACUAGCUGGGAUUGAAUGUUUUCAAUGCAAAAACAUUGUUGGAGGUACUUCUAAUGCAUUACCUCAUUUAACUGUAACAACUCUAUCAAGUAAACCUUUUUUAUUCCCAUUUUACAGAUAGGGAACCUGAGGCUUGGGGAUAUAAACAAAUCUGUUCAAUGUCAUAUGACUAGUAUUGCCAGAACCAAGGUUUGAAUUUGAGCCCUCUAAUUUCAGAAGAAUAUUCUUAGCCACUCUACACACUGCCUGUGCACGGCCGUGUUGUGGGUGUCUUAUAAAAUCUGUUAUUCAGAGAAGGGGAAAAGUGCCCAAGGCAUCUGUGACAGUGACUCUUUUCUCCCUGCAUCCCCACUCCACACCAAAAUUGCUAUUAUGCUGGAGCUGUAAGCUUGGCAGUGACGUCUAAGGAGAGGGAGUGGUAGGAACUGGGAAGCCAGGAAAUGAAGGUUCGUCAUGGGAUCAUGGCUUGAUGAUCCUGGCUGUUCUCUAAACUUUUAAGGUUUUUAGUAUUUCAGUGUCUGAAAUGAAAGAUUAUGACCAUCGAAGAGAUAACACAUGAAAAUAUUCAGAGUUCUUUUGGUUUAACAUUUAGAGCAUAGUGUUUGGGAUUUUCAUUCAUUUAUCAACAAAUAUUUAUUCGAUCCUACGGUGUGUCAGACAUUGUGGAUGCAAAUAUGAGGCAAUUAGACAUGGUUCUUAAGUCCUGCUGGGCAGGGAGAAGGACAGUAAGCAAUUGCAUAGAGUGUCAUAGGUGCAGGAUGGAAACAGCCGCUGCUGUGGGA